AUGGACGGCGACACAGUACCAUAUCUUCCCCAAGAAAUUAUCACAGAUAUUCUUCUCCGACUUCCAGUAAAAUCUCUAAUGCGAUUUCAAUGUGUGUGCAAAGAGUGGAAGAAGCUCUUCAAAACCCCAACUUUUAUUGCUGAACACCUCCAUCAUUCCCCUAAGCACAAUUCUCUUCUUUUCGAUUGCACUAUCUAUGGCUCUAGUUUAAGUUUGCUCAAUCAUAAGAUGCAAGUUCUUGAAUUUCAGAAGCCCACUUUCAUUGAUACCCCAACGAUGGGUUCCUACAGGAUCAUCUGUUCGUGUAAUGGCUUGCUCUGUGUCGAACUCAUUAAAUCUGAAACCCUUUUCUUGUGGAAUCCAGCUAUUAGAGAGGUCCGUCAGGUUCCCAAAGCUCUUAAACUUCUUGAAAACAAGUAUUGUUGCGUAGGAUUUGGGUUCACUUCAAUUGUUAACGAUUAUAAGAUAGUGAAACUUUUUAUCUCUUGGUAUGAUGAUCUGGUUCAUAGAGCUGAAGUGUAUUCAUUAAGCACAGGAUCAUGGAAGGAAGUUGAUGUUGGGAACUUAGAGGGUGUGAUUGAUGUCACUGGUAGUGGUUUUACUUGUAAGGGAUCAAUCUUUUGGUUUGGUUUAAAGGAAGAUGGGGAAAAGGGAAGUGAUCGUAAUUUGAUAGUCUCAUUUGACAUAGCAAUGGACGAUUUCACAUUGAUACAGAUGCCUACUUUAUCCCCUAAAUCAUCAUAUUGCAAUAGUCUUACUUUGUAUGAUAACAAACUUGCUAUGCUUUCUACAAGAUUUAAUGGAGACACCAGAUCUUGUUCAACUGAUUUGUGGGUGAUGGAGGGAUCGAGUUGGACUAAGAUAUGUAUUAUCAACCCCUAUCCAUCCUCAUUACAUCCUGUGGCUAUUCGGAGGAAUGAAAUUAUUUGCACAACUCAUGAUAGGUUUGAAGGUUUUUCGGAGAUUGAAUUGGUGGAUAAUCUUAAGAUAAAAACUAUUGUGUGCAAUCUGACGAAUAAGGAAUUCAAGAUAUUUACUAUCAGAAGAUAUUGCUAUGGUCAUGAUUUUUUGAUUUCAAAUUAUGUGGAAAGUCUCGUACCAGUUAAUAACAUCCACGUGGAAGAGCCGCCUGAUCGUAAAUUUGGGUUACUACAUUACAUAUGUACUUUAUUUAAGAACUUUCGAUGGACAUGA